ACUGAAAUUGUUACUUUACAGAAUUGCUAGACGUCCAGCUGUUGGGGGCAGAGGCAGAAUGUUCACUCCAGAGCAAGAGACCCAUAUAGUGAACAUGGUGAUUGCCAAUAAUGCAAUAAGACUGCGCGAAAUACAGCAGCGCAUAAUUGAUAACGACACCAUCUUUCAAAAUAUAAACAGUGCAAGCAUUUCUGCACUAAGUCGUGUACUUGCGUGCCACAGAAUAAGAAUGAAGCAAAUUUACAGAGUUCCUUUCGAGAGAAACACAGAACGUGUAAAGCAACUGCGAUAUGACUAUGUGCAGAGAGUGAUGGAACUAGAAGCAGAUGCAAUGGGACAUGAGCUACUUUUUGUGGAUGAGGCCGGUUUUAACCUCAGUAAAACCAGGAGACGUGGCAGGAACAUUAUUGGACACCGUGCCAUCAUCAAUGUCCCAGGACAACAUGGUGGUAACAUAACCAUGUGUGCAGCUAUAAGCCAAAAUGGUGUUGUUCACCAUCAUGCAACCAUAGGCCCAUACAACACUGCACACAUUAUUGCAUUCCUGGACACCUUGCAUGACAUGCUCACUGUUCAGAGACCAGAGCAGACCCGAUAUGUCAUCAUAUGGGACAAUGUUAGUUUCCAUAGGGCUGCUUUGGUCCGCAACUGGUUUACAGACCACCCAUCCUUCAUGGCACUCAACCACCCUCCAUACUCUCCAUUCUUAAAUCCCAUCAAGGAGUUCUUCUCUGCCUGGCGCUGGAAAGUGUACGACCGUCAUCCUCAUCAACAGGUAGCCCUUUUACAGGCAAUGGAGGAGGCAUGUGGAGAUAUUGACCAGGCAUCAUGUCAGGCCUGGAUACGGCAUUCAAGGAGAUAUUUUCCCCGGUGCCUUGGACUGGAGGAUAUCGCAUGCGACGAAAGACGCAGAAAGACGACAUGAUGUAGGCUGAUUGUC